AUGAAAAUAUAUUUUCCGAUGAUAUCUUUGCUUUUUUUCAUUUUGACAAGCAAUGUAAAUUGCUUAUUUAAAAAUGUUGUGAGCCGCUUUUACUGCAACGAGGACAAUUGCUACUCCAUAUUAGGUAUAAGCGAAAGGGCUUCGAUCGAAGAUAUACGAUCUUCAUAUUUUCGACAGUUAAAAAAUUUAAAAGAAAACUAUGAUAUAAAAAAGAAAAAGAAGAUAGUACAAGCAUAUAAUGUUUUAAUAAAUAAAAGAAGCAGAAAAUAUUAUGACUAUUAUUUAAAAAAUCCUGAUAGUAUAAUAAAUAUAGUUAACUUAAAUUUACUUUUUUUAUUUAAAUUAUUUAAAGUAAUAUUAUCAAUAAUAUUAAUAGCUUUAUUUGGAAUUUUAAUUCAAUAUAUAAAUAAUAAAUAUGAACAAAAAAAUAUUCUUCAUAAAUUUUCCAAACAUAAAGACUUUCGAAAAAAAGUCCAAGAAAGGAUAAUGUUAAAAUACCCACAAUAUAAAACAUAUGAAAUUAAAGAAAAACAAAAAAUCGAAAAAAGUAUAGAAAUUGAAAUAGCACAAGAAUUAUAUAAUCAACAAAAUAAAUAUAAUAAUCAAAAUCAAGGAAAAGUUAAUAUUUUUAAAAUUAUUAUUAUUAUUAAACAGAUUAUAUGUUUUAUUACAUGGAUUAUUAAAUGGGUAAUUAAAUAUUAUAUAUUAAAUUGUGAAUAUGAUGAAUCUGAUAAAAUUUUUAUAACAAGAAGAUGUUUAAAUAUGUCAUUAGAUAAAUGGGAUGCUCUUGAUGAUGAUAACAAAAAAAUGUUAUUAAAAAAAGAAUUAUGGGUUAAGGAAAAAAAAAAAGAAUUUCUUGCUGAAAUUAAAGAAAGAGAAAGAUUAGAAAAAAUAUCAAGUGCAAAAUAUAAAAAAGAAAAAAGAAUGAAAAAAAAAGGAUUUAGUUUUAAUUAUAAUGAUUAA